AUGGGCGGUCUCUGCGUCGUCGGCGGCAUCACUGGGUAUGCAAAAUCUCGUUCGGUGCCUUCACUCGUUGCUGGUGUUGGCGUUGGUCUCUUGUUCCUGUGGAGUGCAGAUGCCAUCAGGAAAGGCUCGCCAAAUGGGUUGGAGGGCGCUUUGGGUGCCUCAGCACUGCUUCUUCUCUCAUCUCUUCCUCGCAUUGCCAAGGGCCCGGUGCCCAUUGUUCUCGCUGCAACGAGCAGUGCUGCGGGUGUAUACUAUGGAACAAAAGUGUACAACUUGCGCAACCACUGA